AUGCACAUCUUACCAUGGGCUCAAAAGCUCCCCUCAGCUGCGGAACAGGAGGAUCAUGCUGCAUCCACGGCUGAGGCGGCGUCGAUGCAAAACGACAACCGUGUCGUACACUUCGCUACUUCCCCUUCUUCUGUUCCUAAUAGGUCAAAGUUAAUAAGAAAUGUGUUUGCUGCUACUACAUUGCUCCUUCCCGUCCUUUUUGUCUACUUUUGUCUUUCUUCAAGGAGCAAAGGGAAACCGCCAGGACUGCUACGGCGGCGACUCGCAAGCAUUGGCGAUGACGGAACAAAUAUAUUCGGCUUCAGACAGUCUGCGGAGGAAUGCGAGCAGUUUCUAUCAGCAAAUAUUCCGGUUUACGAUGAAAAUACCGUGGGCCGUACAUAUUCCGCAGCGGCCUGGGAGGAGUUACCGCCCACAGAAAAUAACAGAGAAAGCAGGCUGAGGAAGCGUAAGAGCCCUAUCGAUGGGGAAGGAUACUGGGAAAUGCAGGAUCCCUGGAUGCUGGACACACUGCCAUCAACGCAAGUCGCAGACUCACCAGAUCCCUUCAUGGAGCUACAACCUCCAAGCAAGAAGCGCACUUCAGCGCCUGCUGGCAACUUCUCAGACCAUCUGCACGCCACGCCGAAUGAAUUCAUGAGUAACCGAAAGUUAGAGUUGAGUGGAACAGCUGAGGAGACAAUGGCUGAGUUCGGGAGCACCAUGAUGCCAGGAAAUCCUAAUAGCUGGCCUUUCAACUCUCUGCUCGACGUAGAAGAUGCUUCACCAGACUGCGUGUCGGAGCAGAACAACGGUGAGGUGAAACUUAGCGACGUUGCGAGAGGCACUUCAGGUGAAGGGGCAGCUGUUUUAUCCUGUGAGCUCGGUGAGCAAGGCAUCCAAGGAGCGGACAUCCUUGAGCUCGAAAAUUUUUUGGAGAGUUACAAUUUGCCUCCUAAUCAUUGCCCUGAAGCGGCCAAUACGGAGCCACUGCAGGAGCUUCCAGCAUUCCUUCCGCCGUCACACAUUCCAGAUCCCACAUCCCACGACAUACGAUUGAAUUCUCAAAAAAGCGUCAACGCCACACUGUGCAGUAAUUACGAAUCAACUUCUGAUGAGCUGCUCCUUACCCUGUUAAUGGAGUUGGAAUAUUACUUACCAGGCGGCACCGUGGAACAGCAAAAUAGCAAUGGGCAGCAUCUUGAUUUUGCACUUGACAGCUCAAGGGAGGAAGGUAUCGGCCUGCCGUUCGACGCGCUGACCAAUCAAGGCAUCCAAGAUAUUCAAAACGCAGGCGUCCUUCAGCCUGAUGAGACUGUGGGAAGUAACUACUUGAUUUCUGGACAAUGUGAUGGCGACGCCGUCAGCAUGGCGCCACUGCAGGGACUUCCGCCCUAUUCACUGCCGCCACGUAUCCCAGAAUCUACGUCUCAAGAAAAAGACUUGCGUUCCAAGCAAAACGUCGGAGCCAUGCUGUGCGGUGGCCCCAAGGCAAGAGAGUGUGAUGAGUGGUUUGCUCAACUGGACCAAUUGGGAAAUUCAUCACCAAGCAGCGCCGUGGAACAGCAAAAUAGCAGGAAUCUGCAUCCUCGACUUGCACUUGACAGUUCAAGGAAGGAAGCCGUUGGCUUGCCCUUUGACGAGCUAGCAAAUGAAGGCAGCCAAGGUAUUCAAAACGCAGGCAUCCUUCAGCCUGGUGAGACUGCUGGAAGUAAAUAUCUGUUUUCUGGACAAUGUAAGGGCGAAGCCGUUAAUAUGGCGCCACUGCAGGGACUUCCGCCCUAUCCACUGCCGUCACACAUUCCACAUUCUACAUUUCGAAACGUAGGAUGUGAAGUGUGUCGACUGCCGUCACGCAUUCCAGAUUCUACAUAUCCAGACCUAGAAUGCAAAGUACGUGACAACUGUGAACAAGGCGGAAGUCCCUACAGUGGUGACACACUGACAGCUUCGCCCUUCGAAGAAUUGAGUUCCGAGGAAAACAUCGACACCAUGUGCGGUGAGCUGAAGUCAAGGGAGGGUGAUAAGUGGCUUGCUCACCUGCUGGACCAGAUGGGAAAUUCAUCACCAAACAUCGCCGUGGGGCAGAAAAAUAGCAGGAAUCUGCUUCCUGGCUUUGCAGUUGGCAGUUCAGGAAAUGGAGGCUUUGGCUCAGACCCCAGCUUGCUGGCGAACCACAGCACCCAAGGAGUAGGCAUUCUUCAGUCUGGAAGGUCUUCGGAGAAACAUCAUUUUAUUCCUGGGCAGGAUUAUGGACAAGUUGUCAAUGUGAUGAUGCCGGUGCAGGGGAGUGCCCCCCCUUUAGUGCCCCCAUACGUUCCAGACUUUACAACUCAUGACAGCGCGCCCAAUGCCCAGCAAAAUGUACUUCUCGGUUCCAGCAUAGAGCCAUGGAAUAGUGCCUUUGCAUUUUUGCCCACAUUUUAUGAUCCCACGAAUGCGACCAUGGUAUCCGCAGCGCUUCCGCCUACAAAUUGUCAGGCAAGAGCAGCAUCUGGAUCUCGUGAAACCUCAACUAGGGAAGCCGUCAUUUCAGAUGAGGCGUGCAGACAACACCCAUACUGGCGACUACCGAAGGUCAGCCAAAAACUAGAACAUGAGAGGUUUUCUUGGGAAAAGGCAUUGUUCAACAAUUGCCGUGAAAAACUUGUUGAUUUGCUAAUGCCUAUUCGCGAAUUGCUAGUGAAGCCUGAACUCGAAGAAAAAGAGCUUGUAACCCUCAUAAAACUAGGAGAAAAGCUCCUAAACGAAGUGGUUUGGUCAACAAGCAUUGGCACUGGGUCGGACAUUUCCUGGAAAGUAGCACAAGGGUUGGGACGUCGUUUUCUUGUCGCGGACUACUUGUGGUGCAUCUGUGAAGUGGUCGGGCCGCCAAUGGAGAAGGACUCAUGGUGGGACAAGCUGAUGGGAAAGUAUCUACAUAUUGGCUACUUAAAGUCCUAUGCCAGUUCAAAAUCACGUGGUCUCUCUGAUCUCGUUAAGCGACUUAUAUCUGCUAUCGAUGAAUACCGGAAAGGGAAGCGUCCUCAACCACGUGAUGUAGUAAUGUUGAAACAGGAGAUUUUUUUCAAAUUACACUGUCGCUCAUGGUUUAGAGAUCCAUGUUGGGAGCCCUGGAGACAGGACAACAAUGCACUAUAUUUAGGCAGCUCUUAA